AUGGAUCCAAACAUCCAAGGUUCUUUCCUGUUCAACAAUCAGUUUCCCACUGAGCUGAAGGCACCAGUAUGCCAAUACUCAGUACCAAACUCUUUCUACAAGCUCAACGCGGGCCUUAGCAGCCAGCUGCCUGCAGGGACCCCUCAUGGCAUCAGUGAUAUUCUGAGUCGCUCCAUGGUGGGGAUGGGCGCCACGGGCACCGCUACCACCCUAUUGCCUGGUUACUCCACCGUUGGGGGGUUCGGCCCUCCUGUCUCUAGCACAUCCAUGUACUACAACCGAGAGUACAGCUCCACCCUGAACGGGUUCACCAAGUCUGGUGCCGAGUGCCCAAUGAAGGGUCGUACUGUAAGCUGCUGGGCCGAUAGCGGCUGCGACUGGAGAGGAGGCAAGCAGCAGUGCGCCAACACUGGUCCACUCGGGGACAUGUCAGGUCGGAAAAAACACACUCGACCGACCUUCAGUGGACAUCAGAUAUUUGCUCUGGAGAAGACCUUUGAGCAGACCAAGUACUUAGCCGGGCCGGAACGAGCCAGACUGGCUUAUUCUUUGGGCAUGACUGAGUCUCAAGUCAAGGUUUGGUUCCAAAACCGGCGCACCAAGUGGAGGAAGAAGAGCGCCUCUGAGCCGAGCUCCACACAAACCCAAGCGGGGCCAGGCGGGGAGAUCUCAGACAAUGAAGUGGAGGAUGAAGAGUACAACAAGCCUCUGGACCCAGACUCAGAUGACGACAAGAUCCGGUUGCUACUGCGCAAACACCGCAGAGCUUUCUCAGUCCUGCGCCUCGGGCCUCACCACAUCUGACACAUGCUCAUAUUCAUGCUGUUCAGCUGACAUGCAUGCAAGUCUUGAAUGAAUGCAAGCUCAUAGGAGGACACGUGCAGAAUGACAACAAAAAAAAUGCAACCAUAAAGCUCAGACGUGUGUUUAUCAGAUAUUAUGCAUUAAGUAUUUCCAUAUGUGAAGACGAAUAUGAUACAAUAAAAAUAUUUAAAUAAUUUUCUGCUUGUUUGCUCUAUAUUAGCAAAACAGGAAGUGUCCACCCAAGUGUGGCCUGUAUAUAAAAAAACAACAAUAAAGUAA